AUGAAACGUAGUAACGAUAACAGCAAUCAAAGUCAUGAAGAUGCUAAAAAAGCAAGGCAUAAUCCAAAUAAUAGUAGUGGCAACGUUUUUUUAACAAGAGCUGAUUAUUAUCAUAAAGCCGCUCCGUUGAGAUUAAAGCAACCCACAAAUCGACCUUCAAAAAUUUAUCAAAAAUAUUCUACAAAUGUUAUUAGACGAACUGUAUAUCUUGGAAAUUUACCACCAAAUGUAGAAGUUUAUAAACUUAUAAAUCAAAUCAAAGUUGGUCCAUUAGAGUCUGUAAAACUACAUCCUGACAGAAUUUGUGCAUUCAUUUCUUUUAUGAAUGCUACUCUUGCAAAAGCAUUUUAUGAUGAAGCUACGAACAACCAAAUUUUUUAUGAAGGUCAAGAACUUUACGUUGGUUGGGGUAGAUUAUCAGCUGUACCUUUAGGUGUUCAAUUAGCUGUUGAAGAAAACAAUGCUUCACGUAACGUUCUCCUAGAAAAUUUGGAUGAUUCGAUCACUGAAAGGAUUUUACAUAGAGAUUUGGCUGAAUAUGGUUAUAUUGAUACUAUUCAAAUUAUCAGAGAAAAAAAGAUUGGAUUAGUUCAUUUCUGGAAUAUUUCAAGUGCCAUUAGAGCAGUUGAAUCAUUACCAUCAAAAUACGCAUACAAAAAGGUUAAAGUUGAUUAUGCCAAAGACCGGUGUGAAAUAUAUAUGCAAAACACUCUCCUUCAAAGCUUUGGAAAUAAGGCAUCUCAUAAUCCUUAUCUUGAUGUUAUGUCAACAACUCGUAAUCCUUAUCUUAAUGAUGUGACAACAACUCGUAAUCCUUAUCUUAAUAAUGUGUCAAUUCAUGAUCAUAAUCUUAAUGCUAUGUCAUCAAUUCAUAAUCAUAAUCUUAAUGCAUGCACUUUAUUUCACAAAAGAUAUCAUCCCAAUGAAAAUCAACACGCAUUAUCUGAAGAAACUAUGGCAAAUGUCACUAGCAAUGUUGGAAACCGAAGUGUUUAUCUUGGAAAUAUUCACCCCUCAACUAGGUCUGAAGAAAUUUGUAAUUAUAUUCGUGCCGGUAAUCUUGAAUGUAUUCAAUACAUCCCGAAAAAACAAGUCGCAUUUGUCAGAUUCGUUGAUCCAAACAGUGCAGCGAGCUUUUUGUUUAUGGCACAAAAUUUAGGCUUGGUAAUCAAAAAUAGAAAACUUAAAGCUGCUUGGGGGGACAAUCCAGGACCAUUGCCUAAAGAUAUAGAGCAUGAAGUGAAUAACAGGCAUGCUUCUCGUAAUAUUUAUAUUGGAAAACUUGGUGAAGGAAUGACCGAAGAAAAACUAUAUAAUGACUUUAAAAAGUACGGCGAAAUAGAAUCAACCAAUCUUGUCAAAGAAAAAUCAUGUGGAUUUGUCAACUUUAUGUCUAUUAUUUGGGUUGCUGCAAAUAGUGAAAAUAAUGAUGCAGCCUUUUGGUCUAAGGUAUCUCAACUUGGUUUAAUUCAUUUUUUCAGUUUAUUAUCAGAAAGUUCCAGAGAAUAUGAAAUUUUUAAAAAAACAUUUUCUGGUCUUUCAAUACAAAGAAUAAGACAAAUUCGCAAAACAGAUUCUAGUGCAGUUACCAACCCUGAUUUGAUAUUAGACAAUUUUAUGAAGUUUGCAGAACUUGUCAAAAAACUUGUAUAUUCUGAGGAUCUUAACUAUAUAACUGGAUCAACCUUGCCACAUGAUGAAACAACAAUUUCUUCAAUUGAUGAUAUACAUCCAAAAAUAAAUUAUAUUUUACAAAAUGAUGCAGUUGCUACACAAGUUCGUGCUAUUGCAUUAAAGGUUAGUGAUGAAUCUGCUGAUCAAAUUUCAAAUUUGUUACGUGAAGUAAUUGAAUUAGCAAAUGUUGCAAAUUUAAAUAUAUUAAGUUUUGGAUCAGAUGGAGCUAGAUCUGAAUUCAAUGCACAAUCAAUCAUUAUGAAUGAAGCAUCUGAGUCCAAGACCCCAAACAUGCCAAAAAAAACUGCAAGAAACCAAAUACAUACUGGUGCAAGACUUUUAUCACUUGGAAUAAGCACAAUGCAUUAUGAUCAGCUUUUUGAAUUGGCACAUCGAUCACAACAUUUCAUUUUAAAACGUGAUGUUUUGAAUGUAGACAAACAAGAUGAUAAUGCAGCCUUACGCACCUUUCAUUCAAAUAAUUUAAUGCAAAUUCCAGUUAAUGGCAACUUAACUGAAGAAUCUAUUGGACUUUUUGUAUAUCUUUUUGUGUUAGGUGAAUUAUGUGAUGCUUAUCUAAAUAGAACUAUUGAUCACAAAACACGUAUUGAAAUGGUAUUGCGUGCUUAUUUUUUUCUAAAUACAUGGAAGAAUUAUGUUGAAUGUUGUAGCAUUCAUUAUUCAAAGAAAUGGUAUAGUUUACAGAAAAGCUUUAUCUCAAUCCAAAGUUAUGAUAUUUUUAUUAGCAUGGCAGAGUCUUUAAUUAUGCUUAUUAUUGCACAUCGUGAAUAUUACUCUCUGUUUCCCUUGUUUCCAUGGGAACAUGGAACUGAGGGAUUGGAACAUAUUUUUGGAAUUUCUAGAAGAAUACUUCCUGAUUUUAAUUUUAAUGAGUUUUUUAAAAUACAACAAAGGGUUUCAUAUCGUGAUAAAAUUGCUCGAGCAGGAAUAAUAGAUACCAGUAAAGAUCAUAAUUCAGCAGCAGGCUAUGUUUUUGACAUAGAUGGCACUUCAUUACCUCAUGAAACAAUUGAAAUACUUCGCACUUGGCCUACCACUGAUGAUAUCAAAGAAUCUACUGUAAUUGCAUUUAAUGAAGCCAUGUCCUUAGCAAACUACCUUCAUAUAAAGCAUAAUGAAUACACAAUCCCACCAAUUAUUACAUCCACAGAAAAUAUGAAUAAUGCUUUUUCAGAAGAUAAUGGAGAUCAAUAUUGUGAAAUAAAUGACUCUUCCAAUGAAUUAAAUUUAGAAUCUAUAUCACUAACUGGUAAUGCAGCUUUGGAAGUAGCUUGCUUAUUAUCAAACUUCCCUGAUAUUCAAUACAUUCAGAAUUCUCAAGUUGUUCCUGUUGCAUUUCAACCAUUUCAAUUAUUCAUUGCAAAUAAUGUUUUAGAUAUUACAGCUAUUUUAGAAAUUCGUAAAAGUCAUGAUGCAUUUUCUCAUAAUCUUCAAUCUAAUUUUACUAAUUCACAACAAAUAAUAAAUACAAAUAAUAGUGCUACAAAUGGGAACACUUUUAAUAGAAUUAUUACAGAAAUAGCAGCAAACAAUGUUAAUGAAGUUCAAAGAAGACAACGUCGGGAUUGA